AGGAUUACAGCUGGGAAUGGAAAAGUGCACUACCUCCCGUAUUACCUUCCUUGCCCGGAAAUCUUCUCCAUGAAACUCCAAUAUACAGAAGAGAAGCUAAUCCAGCUUUUCCCCCAAUUAUUUUAUCAGCAGCCGAGAGUGCUGGCUCCAAAGCGUCAGGAUGUGCUGACAGUCACACCGUGGCUGGCCCCCAUCGUCUGGGAAGGAACCUUCAAUUCUGAGAUCCUAGACAGUGCCUACAGGCCACUGAAUCUCACCAUAGGGGUGACAGCCUUUGCCAUUGGAAAAUACACGAGGUUUGUGGGCCACUUCCUGGAGUCAGCAGAGAAACAUUUCAUGAAAGGCUAUCGGGUGAACUAUUAUAUCUUCACUGACAACCCUGAGACGAUUCCUGAUGUCCAGCUGCAACCAGGACGAAGGUUUGUCAUUGUCCCCAUCAAGAAAUACCCCAGCUGGCAAGAGAUCUCCAUGCGCAGGAUGGAGGCCAUAAAUAAGCACAUAGCAGAGACGAGCCAUCAGGAGGUGGACUACCUCUUCUGCCUGGACAUUGACAUGGUGUUCUACAAUGCCUGGGGGCCCGAGACCCUGGGUGAUAUAGUAGCAGCCAUACACCCUGGCUAUUUCAAUGUCCCUCGAAGCCAAUUCCCUUAUGAGAGGAGGAGCUUUUCAGCAGCCUACAUCCCUGAUGGAGAAGGGGACUUCUACUACGGAGGAGCCGUGUUUGGAGGGCUGGUCAAGAAAGUUUAUGAGUUCACCAAGACUUGCCACAUGACCAUCCUGAUGGACAAAGCCAAUGGGAUCAUGGCAGCCUGGCAGGAAGAAAGUCAUCUCAACAGGCAUUUCCUCUCCCACAAACCCUCCAAGGUGCUUUCUCCAGAGUAUUUAUGGGAUGACAGGAAGCCAAAGCCCCCUGAAAUUCACCUCAUACGUUUUUCCACAGUAGAUAAGAAUUACAAAGAGGUACGAGAUUGACCAUCUGAUCCCUGCAGAGAUGUCCUCCACACAGUCUAGCCCACUGAAUAUUAGCUCCCACAGAACAUGCCCCACCAUGAAUUUUUGUUCCCAGUGUGAACAAACUGAGAAAAGAACAUGUGGAUAGUUUCUCUGGAGAACAGGAGUCUUAAUGCAUUUCAGAAGCAGCAGCCAAAGUGCAGGUGAGAAUGAAAAGGUUUCUACGUUCCUAAUCUUUGUAAAUACAAGCAUCCCACUCGAGGCUGCAGCACACAAAAAGGCAUUCAAAAGGCCAGUUAUCAAAUGCAAGGCUGUCCUUAUAGCAAGGCUGCAAAUGCCUUUGCCUGAGUGUUUUCCUGAGGCCUAGCAGAAACUUAGCAAGAUCAAAAUGGUAUUGGACGUUCCUGUGGAGCAGAAGACCUAGAGUUUUAGUAAAGACCUUUUCAGUUAAAAAAAAGAAUUUUGCAGGGCAAUAAAUUUUCCUGCAUUGUGAUUUAAACUCACACCCUUUGUCAGGAUCAGGAGGAAACUUGUGCUCAGGGCAAGUUACUCCUGAUUAGUGUGCAGCAGGAUUUCUUGGACCUUCUCAGCAGAGAGCUGGUGACAGCCAUUGCCAGUAAGAACCCUGGUCUGACAGGACAAGUAGUGUGAAUUCACAUAGCAGUUGUCUUCCAAAUUCCAAUCUGUGUUUUGGAGACUUGAAUUUAGACAGAACUGGCACAGCUCAGACCCAGACUGAACUUCUUUGGGUUUAUUUCAAUCACAGAUGUGCUCUGAACCUUUUCCCUGGUUCACAUGUCUCUGUAGAUCAUGUAAUCUUUUCCAACACAGAAAAUCUGGUAUUGAGAGGUUCAUGUUCCUAUCCAUUGCUUCAGUCCUUUCCAACUUUUCUAAGCUCUGUGAAAUAAAUUGGCUAGAAGCUGCUGGCAUUGACAGU